AGAGCCGAUAAGCUACCCUUCUAGUCGUUGUCGUCGGCUGUAUGGAUUCAUCCAGCUCAAUUGAACACCGCUUGAUAAAGGCUUUGUGCUAGGAAUUUUCGGGCCACACCGGCAUUUUUUAUUAAUAAGCACUUGUCCAUUCAACCUAGUUUCACAUUUCGCUGCGCGAGUUUCUACGGGAUAGAGCUUAGGCCGGAGAAAGAAGCACUAAACUAUGGCGCUCUUUGUAAAAGUGACGAUUUUUGUCCUGGUUACAGUGGCGGCAGUUAACGCUGCCGUAACGGAUCAAUCCUGCUUGACGAACAUGAAGAAAUGCACGGCGCGGUUUUCCGGAUACGCAUACGUGACAACGGACAUCGCCGAUCUCACUACGCAGCUGUUGGACCAAUCGUACGACUUCCUGUUCCUGUCGACGGCCUUCAACCAGCACAACAAGGAUCGCCCUGGAUUCGAGAAGCUGUAUCGCAACAUCGCCGAUAAGGCCUGGGCAGACGCGAUAGCACUGAUGAAGUAUCAAAGCAAGCGGGGACAUCGGGCAAAGCUGAAUGCAGGCUACAAAUACGCCAACCACGAACUGCGAUCUUUGGCCGAUCCCACGCUGGCCGAAGAACACAAAUCGCUCAAGUUGGCCAUGGAGUACGAGAAGUUGGUUGCCGAGACGACGCAUGCCAUCCACAGGAAGAGUUCCGUUGCCCAUCAGAGUCCGCCGCAGUACGAUCCGGACGUGGCGCACUUCUUCGACGAGAAAAUCGUGCAGGGUCGCGCCGAUUCGGUCCGGAAGCUCACCGGCUACAUCCACCAGCUGGAGGACAUCCUUAAUGUCGAUAAGAACACGAGAGACAUGGGACUGCACCUGUUCGAUCAGUAUCUGAAGACGGUGGAGUGAAGUCAUGUGGUCACGCGUGUGCAAUUAUCUUUUACCUACUAGAAACUGAUAGGGGAUUGUGAGGAAGAGCACGUCCGACUUAUCGUCGGCAUUAGAUCUUUACGGUGCGUCAAUGUGUGAACUUAUCUCGAGCUACUGCCAGCGAUGCCGGAUUUUCAGGGCAUCUGUAGAUUUUACUUUCACGGUAAAAAGAUUGCCAAUAAUAGACGUAAUAAAUUCUGCAGUAAAAAACCGUUCAGUUUAGUUAUCAAGUUAUAUCCAUUCCAAAUAGAAUAAAGUUAGAUUCCUCAAACCGA